GUAGGUGGUGGUGCAGCAGCAGCAGACGCCGCAGUGUGGUGGUGGUGAUGUGAACACCAAGAUGCAACCGUUUGGUGGCUAUAUCUUCAUUGGCUUCAUUUUGACUGGAGCUGCUGCUCUGAACACUGUUCUCAAUGUGGAUGAGAUCAAUUCCAUCCACUAUGCUAUAGACAUCUUGAACAAACCUGUAGUGAGAGACCAGGUAUGGGAUGGAGAGGUAAUGACUGUUAUGAACAAACAUGGGCAGGAAUAUAUAUGUUCUUUGCCAAGUGUUGCUCCUUUAGAUUCUGACUUCAAGCCAGAUGACGACAUACUUGAUCAGCUAGUGGAUAUCUCAGUUCUUUUGAAACCCAUGGAAACAGCACCAUGUCUUAUUAAAACUGUUGACUGGUGGACAUAUGAGUUUUGUUAUGGCUCAGUAAUCAAGCAGUACCAUUUAGAAGACAAUAAAGCCUCUGGGCCUAUAAUUAUUUUGGGCAAAUACGAAUCUGAAUAUAACUGGAAAAAUAGCUCCGAGACAAAGAAUCGUCUGCAGAGGUUUCAUAGUCAGUUUUAUGUGAAUGGGACAAAAUGUGACCUCACAGGAGUGCCCAGACGCACAGAAGUUCGUUUUCAUUGCGAAGAUGGAGUUGGGGAUUAUAUUCAGAGAGUAGAUGAACCAGAGUCUUGCCGUUAUGUAGUCACUGUGGCGACUACUCGAGUUUGCCACCAUCCAUACCUGCGGCUUCAAACAGUACGAACACCACACACCAUUACCUGUGCUCCAUCUCUCACACAGGAGCAGUACCACAGAUAUCUCACCUAUCAGGACAAAAAGGUUAAAGAAGAGCAGAACAUGAAAGAAAAAUGGUUGAAACAAAAUGCAGAAAUUCUUAAGGAAGCAUCUUCUGAGGAAAGUCAGUCAAUUCUUCAGCCAAUCUCGACUGACUCUGAUGAUGUUGACGACGAUGACGAACUCAAAAUGAACAUAAAAAUUUUCCGGCUCUCUCCUCUCAAAAAACAAAAACCUCAGCAGUCAACAGAAGUUAAAGAGGGUGUCAUGGAAGUAGAAACUCAAAUAACGCUUGAAGAAAGUGAUGUUAAUUUAAAAGUGGAGGAAAUAAAAUUAUCCACAGGAACAGAUGAGAUACCAAAAAUUAGAGAUAAUGCACAAGAUUUUGAUAAGGUUGCUAAUACUAAAAGCAAGAAAGAUAAAAAAAGAACAAAACAAAGUAUGUUGGAUGUUAGUGAAGAGGAUGAAGAUAACCUAAUAUCAGACUUGCAAGCUCAGGAGCUUCUGCAACUUUUACAUGAGAGUGAAGAUUAUUCAGACUCUGAUGCACCCUCCACACAUGAUGACAGUAUAUCUGUUGAUCAAGAGUCUGGGGAGUCGUAUCUAACUGAAGAGGAUGAAUUGGAUGAUGUCAGUGAUAUUGAUGAUGAUGAUGAUGAUGAUGAUGUCAGUGAGGAAGAAGUUGUAAAGGAAACAGAGGCAGCGCGACAGGCAUCAAAAUCAACGAAAAGAGAUCAUUUUUCCAAGCUGCAGCGACGACUAAAGCAACUUGGAAAAAUGUUUAUGAAUCAGGCUAAACAAAAAAACUUUUGCCAUCAAUACUUACCGAGAUAUGGAGGCGUGAAGUUGACAGAAAUUGAACCGCAUACGGCAACAUCUCCGACUGCCAGUCACCCGGAAACAGAUGGUGGAAGGAAAGGAGAAAAGGAUAAAAUUGAAGAACUUCAACAAAUGGUUGACAAUAUCAAAGAUGGACAUUUUAAGCACUUGGAGCAAGAGGUUAGGGAAUGGACAAAGAAGCUUCUAAGUAAGGAUGUUCUUCUUGAUAUGGAUGAAGAAGAUCUUGAGGAGGAGGAGCAAAGAUUAGGGUCAGCACUUUCAUCUCUGAUGGAUGCUCUAGAUGAGGCUGAAGACAAGUUGUCUACAGCUAAAAAGCAGAUGGAAACACUUGAAGAAUUUCUUGACAGUCAACUCAAAGAAAUGGAAAGUUCAGCAAAUCAGGAAGCUCGAGGAUCUGCUUUAGAGGAGUCCACCCACCAAGACAGGGUAGACAGGAACUUCCAGGACCCCAUAGAAGGGAUGUCCCAGGCCUCACAGAUUCUGCAGGAUUCUUUAGAAGGUAUAUCUUUCCAGAAUAGUGAUAAUGUCCCAUCCCAUGAUGACGAAAAAGAAUUGAUAACCCCAUCUGCCACUCCUGACUCCUUAACAUCAUCUACUCCCUUGUCUUCUGCUUUUUCUACUUCAACUGCUGAUUCCUUCACCUCCCCUUCUUCCUCAAAGAGCUCUGCAUUAGCUUCUGCCCAAAAUACAAAAACUUUUUCAAGAAAUACUUAUCCAUCAGCAUCAUCUUUGAGGACCUCUCCAGAUAGUUCAUCUUCCUCUACAUCUUCACUUUUUGGUGGUGUCUCUACCAAGUCAAAUGACCAUCUCCCAACAAAUAAAGAAAAGUUCUCAAAACGCAGACAGCGAAAGUUACCACGCACUUUUUUAAGUUCUGGAACCAAACAAGGACCCACAGUUAAUAAAAGUAUUAGUCAGAGGGCUGAAGAGGGGUUUGGCAGCAGUCAGCAGUUGCGUAUUGUGAAAAACAAAAUGGAGGACGAGUCUCAGAAGACCAAGUUGGAGCAGACAAUCAAAGAUCGUCUUCAGAAAUUGGGUUUGGAGAAAAUAGGUAGGAAAUUUGAAGUGAAAAUUUUAACAACAAAUUCCCUUGAAGAUGAGGACACAAACAACCCUUUACUGUCCCAAGAAGAAACUGAAGCUUUUCAGAAUAUGAUUGUUAAUCUUUUGAGUGCAAAUGCAGAAGAAUUGGAAGAAAGAGAAAACCACAGAAAAUUGGAAAAAAAUUAUGGCUUCAAAUGGGAUGACAGUCAGUUUGCAGAGGAUGAAGAUGAGUAAAGUAUGUUAAGUGUACUUUAAUUAUCACAAAGUUAAGAUAUGAACUAGAUAAACAGUAUCAAAUCCUGAAUAAUAGUCAUUGUGCAAUAACAUUCUAAUAUUGAAAUUAGCAUUGGUCAGCACCUUCAUUGUUGUGAUAGUGUAUUAAGGAUGCUUUCAGAUAGCUUUUGAUUGAUAAACCAAAACAAAGCAUUAACAACCCAAUGUUUCUUAGCUUUUUCUGAUUUUAUAAAUUCACAGCAAAUGUAGCUGCUCUUGUUCUGUUUAUGUUAGUGAUGGAUAUAAUUUUAAUCUUAUCUGACAUGUAUAAAAUUUUCAGUUUUAAUUUUUUCUAUCAAUGCACCAACUGCCUCCCACCUAGGCAGGGUGACCUGAAGAAUAAGAAACUCCCCCACCAUCACCUACCCCCCUCAUGUCUUGCCAAAGGCAUGCUGACAUUACAGAUCAGAUGCCCUUCUAAACUGCAAUAUCCCCACCCUCUUUUAGAGAACAGGCACUGUACUUCCCACCUCUAGGACUUGUAUCCAUCUAACCAGUGCCUGUGAAUCACUUCAUAAAUGUUACCCUGCUCAUUCUCCAACAGCAUGUGAUGUCAUGAAAACCACUUGCCUACACUCCUACACACGUUAGAUGUCCAAGCCCCUUGCACACUAAACCUUCUUUACCUCUUCCUCCAACCUUUUCCUAGGAUGAGUCCCUGUUCCUCCUUUACACUCCAGAUUCAUUUACCCCCCAAGUCAUCCUGUUGUCUCCAUCCUCUUUGAAUGUCCAACCCACCUUGCUAACCCCUCCUCAACCCUUUUGAUAAUAAUUUUAGUAAUCCCACAUUACCUCUUAAUCUCUAGACUAUGAAUUCUCUGCAUUAUAUUCAUUCCCCACACACAUGGACAUGCACACACGCACACAUGCAUGCACACGUGCACACACGCAUGCACACGCACACACCUGCAUGCACAUGCACACACAUGCAUGCACACGCACACACAUGCAUGCACACGCACACACAUGCAUGCACAUGCACACACAUGCAUGCACACGCACACACAUGCACGCACACACAUGCACACACUUUUUUUCUACACAGUGUUGAACAAGGUUAGGGUGAGGGUUCCAAACUUUAUUUACAAGCUCGCUCUAUCUCUUUCCCUGGAAAGAGUUCUCAUCUGCACAGAUGUCUCAGUGUACUGCCCACUUUUUUUCCCCUCAUAAAUUCUAUGAUUCUUGCAUUUUAUUACCUAAAUUUUUUUGUUACUCUUAUCAACCUCCUCUUUCCUAUGUACACUUUUAAAUUCCUUAUUUUAUAUGCCCUCCCAAGUUCAUUUACCAACCUUUGUGACUUCUCUUCAGAAUCUCCCAAAAGCAACAACUCCCACUGUGUAUUAGAUUUUUUUGUUGUUUAAUCUUAAACCUCUCCACAACACCCUAGCAUUUACUUCUUGUACAACCCCAUAUAUAAAUAUUUUAAACAGUGAUAGUGACAUCUUACAUCCCUGUCUAAGGCCUACUUUUAACUCUGUUGCAUUGAGAAUGUUGACUUUAGUCAUAAUCUUUUGACAUAUUCUUGUUAUUUUUUUUUUUUUAGCACCAGUCAUAUCCCUCCAAGGCAAGGUUACCUAAAACAAAAAACUAAAGUCUUUCUUUUUAAAUUUAGUAACAUAUUCUUAUCCUAAGCAAUUUGAAUUCUUUCAAAGCACAAAAAGACUGAAUAUUAUUUAUUAUUUUUAAUACACUGUAAUUAUAUUGUUCAUUAGAAAGCUUGUGAUUUUACCCCAAAAUAAGGUAAACAGUACUAUGCAUUUCCACAUAAUCUUAGCAAAUAUGUAUCUUAACGUUUCUUAAUAAUAGCACACAUUCAAAAAUAAGUACCUAAGCGCAAAUAAUUUUUUCAAAAUACAAUAACUAUUGACUUUCACGGAAUGAAGAGAGACUAACUUUCAGUUCCAUUCUCUGUCUUAACCCUUUCAGUGUCCCUGCCGUAGAUCUACGGCUUUACGUUGAGGGUCCAAGCCGUAGAUCUACGCCAAAAUUCUAGCGGUGUCAAAUUUAGCACAAGAAGGCUGGUAGGCCUAUAGUGUGUGCACUAUAGAAAAAAUCUGGACACCUGCAUGGCAUUGUGGGAAUCCUGCCAAAGUAGCUUUGUUCAUCAUGCCUGGUGGCAAGGAAGCUCUCACUCCCCACUCACUCUCUGGGUGAAUUCUGACUCUCCUCUUCACAACUUACAGUUCUAAGACUGAUGGAAGUGGAUCUGAAGAUGAAUUCUAUGGUUUUGAACCAUAUGGUACCAUUGUACCAUGGUACCAUUGUACCAUAUGGUACAAUGGUGCCAUGUCAUACAAUAUCAUAUGGUACAAUGUACCAUAUAGUCCAUUGUACCAUAUGUUACAUUAUACCAUAUUGUACAUGGUACAGGGACCCUAAUGAAAAUAAGUCUGUUUGACUUUAUUUGGUUAUCCUAGGUUCUCCAAACAUAUGCUGCUAUGUAUGAUAAUCUAUGUAACUUUAUUUGUGUAUAACUAAAUAAACUUACGAUGCCACAUCUGCUUGAGUAAGUUUAUUCAGGUGUACACAAUUACAGUUACAUAGAUUAUCAUACAUAGCAGCAUAUGUAUAAACUCGUAGGAUAACCCAAAAAAGUCAGGGUGACUUAUUUCCAUAGGGAUCCCUGUAUCUGUACCAUAUGGUGUCCUGUACCAUAUGGUACCCUGCACCAUAUGGUACCCUGCACCAUAUGGUACCCUGCACCAUAUGGUACCCUGCACCAUAUGGUACCCUGCACCAUAUGGUACCCUGCAUCAUAUGGUACCCUGCACCAUAUGGUAUCCUGUACUGUAUGGUACCCUAUACCAUAUAGUACAAUGUACCAUAUGGUACCCUGUAACAUAUGAUACCAUGUACCAUAUGGUCAGUUGGAGAUGUUGAUGCCACCAGGCACCAGCCAAGACUGAGUGAGUGAAGACUUAAGCUAGCUAGUGACUCUGCAGUUUCCAAGACAAAGCGCUUUGUCAUCCACCUCAAGGAACAUGUGGAGUGGCUGUACAGUUGUAUAUAAUAGAACAUUACUAAUAUACAACAUUUUUGCAUAUUUUUGUUGUAAACAAUUAUUGUAAACAAAAUAAUGAUGAAAAUAUUAGUGUGUUUAUUGUGUUGAUUACAACAGUGCCAUAUGGUACAAUGGUACCAUAUAGUACCAUUGCACCAUAUGGUACCAUUAUCAUAUGGUACCUUGUAUCAUAUGGUACCAUUGUACCAAAUGGUGCCAUUGUACCAUAUUCUACCAUAUGGUACCAUUGUAUCAUAUGGUGCCAUUAUACCAUAUGGUACCAUUGCACCCUAUGGUACCAUUGUACCAUGUACUAUAUGGUACUGUUGUAUUCAACACAAUAACCGCACUAAUAUUUUCGUCAUUUUGUUUACAAUAAACUUGUAAACAAGUUGUGUAAGCAAUAUAAUGAUAAACAAAUUAGUGCAGUUAUUGUGUUGAUUACAACGAGUGUACACUUAUACAAUAUACAUUAUAUUGGUCUCACAGGCCACAAAUGUUACUAGAAAAAGAAAAAAACUUAGAAAGGAAAAGAAAAUGUAUAAAAAACGUAAAAUAAAAAAAUGUGAAUUUGUGGAAGUCCUGAUGUUGCCGCCACCCGGUCAUUUUGGGUCAACUUCCUGCCGCUGUAUCUUGGUAAGUACUGAUCAGAAAAUUUUUUUUUAUUACCUUACACAAAAAUAUUAUCUUUAAUUCUGUAAGAUUUUUUUUUUUUUUUUCCUCCAUUCUUUCAAAAUUUCUUGGAUACUGGGGCACCCCCUUCAGAUUUUGGCCUUGGACCCUGAAAGGGUUAAUUACCUUCCAGGUAUACAUUAAUUACCUUUUAUACAUUACUAAUUGCAUUUCAGUUAACCCCUUGACUGUCGCAACCCCCAAUCCUGAGGUGUCUCCUGGUAUCGCAAAAUUUAAAAAAAAAUGUACAUAUUUUUUCUUAUGAAAUGAUAGAGAAUCUUUUCCUGACUGUAAUGACACCAAAAAAAAGAAAUUUGAUGGAAAACUGAUGGAAUUACAGUCUCGCGAAGUUAGCGACCUCGGCAAUAUCUACAAAUCGGAGAUUUCGCCCAAUUUGAGCCCUAUUUUCGGCUAAUUGCAUUGUUCCUGUCGACCAAACUCAUAGCUAUUUUUUUAGAACUCCAUUUUUUUCUAUCGAUUGAGUACAAGAAACUGCCCAUUUACCAAUUUCAACUACCCAAUAACGUGGUCAGAAAUUUGUAAUUUGGCCAAUUUCAGACAAAUUAAAAAAUAUGACAAUUUCAAAAUAAGGUCCAGAAUGAACAAUGCAGAUAUUCCUGGCUCUAAAAUAACAUCUUUGUUCAUCAGUCAUGUCUGCAGGCCCCUCUGAUAUUACUCUUGCUUUCUAUUUUGAAUUUUUAUUCAAACAAAAAAUAGAAGAUUUACUAUUAUGCAAACUACUGCAAUACUGUAAUAAUUCUAUAAACAACAUCAACCCAUUCAUGACUGCAUAUUAGAAUGGCUAGUUGGACAUUUAUUGGAAAACGACAUCAUUUGUUUACUUUUGAACUUCGGCAAAAAUUAAACAUUUCCCUACUUUGAGCUCCAUUUCCACGUUCUUUUUAUAGUAAAAUCAAUCAGAAUCACCUCUAUUUCUAUAAUAUGUUUUCCAUUCUAUUAAAUGAGACCAAGAAAACGAGUAUACAACCAUAAAUACUAUACGAAAAUAGACCACAAAUUCGGCAUUUUAAUUAAAAAAAACGGUUGGAGUUUUUUCUUAUCAUGCACUGCUUGCUCCAGGAUUUUUUUUAUAUGGUGCACACUGACCACACAGACCCAUUCUCACAUGUGGGCCUACCAGCUUUCUCCUUCUUGAUUUGAAGCCUCUAGAAUUUAUGAGUAUAUAUACGUCAAACACGGUACCUCGUAAGACUUAUAUAUACAGCCGCGACAGUCAAAGGGUUAACAGGCUUUUGCCUGUUAAUUAUUUCAUUUAAUAGAAAUUCCUAGAUGUAUAUCAUAUUAACAUUUUAUUCUGAGCAUUACUAUUGUCUUUUAAUAUUACAGGGUGAAUAAAAAUAAAAACGAAAGUUUUUCUUUUUGCAUUUGUUAAUUUAUACAGAAGGGGUUACUAACCCCUUGCUCCUGGCAUUUUAGUCACCUCUUAUGACACACAUGGCUUACAGAGGAAGAAUUCUUUUCCACUUUUCUAUGGAAAUAAGAGGAAAUAAAGAAGAACAAGAACUAUUAAGGAAAUAGAAGAAAACCCAGAUGGGCUUGCAAACAUAUGCAUGUACAUGCGUGUGUAGCAUGACCUAAGCAUAAGUAGAGGUACCAAGAUGUACCUGUUAUCCUGCAUAUUUAUUAGACAAAAAAAAAAAAGGACACCAGUAAUCCUUCCAUCGUGUAAAACAAUUACACAUUUCUGGUUCACACUCGCAUUACUAUUUAUGGUGUUUAAUUGUUUUGUUGGUUUUCUUUACAAAUUGUAAUAUAAAGCACCCUGUAUUCUCAAAGAACAGGAUUGAGGACUCUCCAGAUAUGCAGAUUUUCUGGUUACUUGAGACUGUAUUUUAAUUUGCCCAAAUACUUUAGUUACACCUAUUGUAAAUAACAUGGCUACACACAAAAGUAAAUGAUUGGACAAGGACUACAGGUUAUUUACAAUAUGGUAUACUAAUUAGUACAUGUUCUGUACAUUAGUACAUGUGCUGGUACAGUACAGGAAUGCCUCGACUAAGUAGCCUUUUUAUUUGUUGCCGCCUUGGCUCAUGUCAUUUAAUUAUUCCACUCCUCUAUCAUAUACAAGAUCUUCUAAACAGUGGUCACUUGUCCACUCAGAAUUUAAAAAUAUAUAACCACUUCAUUUCCACACAUGCAUUCUUACUUAUAAUUACACAUACAUACAAUUAAAAAGACAUGGUGUAGUACAGUGGAACCUCAGUACUCAAACUUAAUUCAUUCCAGAAGGCUGUUUGAGUGCUGAUCUGUUUGAGUAUCGAACGAAUUUUUCCCAACUAAUUUUCUUUUUGGUUGGCUGUUAUCACUAAUCUUCGUAGGUCUCAUGGUGACUUAUUUAUAUAAAUAAUAUAAAAAAUCACCAAAAUAUGUGAAGAAAUGUGAAAUAGUUUACAGCGAGGUUCUGGCAGGUCAUGCGUGUUUGGUCAAUUGCUGAGCUUUGUUCAAGUAGGGAGCUGUUAGAGUACCGAGGUUCCACUGUACAGUGGAACCUCGACUUACGAGUUUAAUCCAUUCCAUGACCUAGCUCAUAACUCAGUUUGCUCAUAUAUCAAAUCAAUUUUCCUCAUUUAAUUAAUUGAAAUGCCAUUAAUCCAUUCCAGCGGAAUUCCUGCUCUCAGGAGGCAGGACAAAAUACUUCAAUAUAACGCUAAUAUCAACUCUACAGCUUAUUUAUGUAUCACAAUUAACAUAAUAAACAAUAUAAAUAACAUAGAAACAUGAUAUUUACUCUAGAAUGAAUAAAAUAUGUCAUUAUGGGAUGAGUAGUGGCAACCAUUCCCGCUUCCCACUCUGACCAUAUCUUACCAUGCUGUUAUUGUAAGAGAAAAUGGAGUGUUUGUGAGGCUAACUGCACUACAUCAUUAGUUUCAUAAGGAAGACACUGAAACAAUGUGUUUAUAAAUAAGAAAUAUUGUAUAAAAAUGUAAUAAAACAUAAUAGAGAACAUAAAGAAAUAAACAGGCUUUAGAAAGUGUACAUACAUAUUUACCUUGCAGAAGAGAUGCAGGCGGAGGUUGGGGGUGGAAAAGAUAGGCAGAGCAGCGUAUGCUAUCAGUGGCCCUGUAAACAACAACAAUAACAUUGGAGGAGUUCAUUUCAUUUCAUCCUUUUUCUAUCACUCAAUCGCUUAACUUACUUGCUACACUCUCAAUGCUACACAUUAUCGCUGAACUUAACUGCUACAAUUUGGCUUUUAUUUUUUUCACUUCACUUUUCCCUGAUUUUUGGCUUUUUCUCCAUGCUUUCCUCACUUUCAUCUGCAGGACGUCUCAAUUAAAAACCUGUCCAAGGAGGUUUGUUUCAUCCUCCCUUUCAGAAUAUUUCGGAAAUGAGUUAGGCAAGUGUCAUUAUAUAGCUGCGACACAUGACCAGUUGCAACUUUCUCUGGGUGUUUCUUUUCAAUAAACUCUGAAAUCCUCUCGCAAGAGAUACUGUGACAGAGGAUACCCUCUGUCACAGUAUCUCCUGUGAGCUGUUUUUCCGUCAGCCACGUUAACAGCAGCUUCUCCAUCUUUUCAUGGACAGAUGUCCACAGCUUAGAAAUUAUUGUAACACCCUUGGUUGGAACUAUAGCCUUUAUCAACUCCUCUUGAUUUAGUAUCAUACAUAUGGUUGAAGUACUACGCUUGUAGUACUGCCCGGCCAAGUCCACAACCUACACACCUCGCUUGUGCUUAUCUAUGAUUUCAUGCUUUAAUUCCAUGGAUAUCAUCCUCUUUUUCUUCUCAGCACUGUCCUUUGCGCUUACUUUCUUAGGACCCAUGAUUAGAAAAAAGAAAUUUGGCAAAAUAACUGCACAAAAUGCAAGCAAAACACAAGAGAAAUGCUUCCACGGCGAGGUAAACAUAUGUACUGCUGAGGGAUGUUGUGGCGUUUGCUGCGCCAAUUAGUGGCAGCAUUCUGAAGCUCGCUUGUUAUUAUUGUUAUUUUAAUGGGGAAGCGCAAAACUCAUAGGAUUAUACAGCGCCUGUGGGGGGGAGGGGCUGGAAGGUAUUCAUGCUUAAGUUAAGGAACUGGAGCACAGAUCCAAUUCCCUAGAUCAAGAUCCCCUCACCAGCAUCAAGGAACCUCCCUUGAAUGGGAAGGUUGCUCGCAACUUGGAUUUUGGCUCGUAACUCAGCAAAAAAUCGAUCGAGCGAUGGCUCAUAUCUCGAAAAACUCGUAUGAUUGAGCACUCGUAAGCUGAGGUUCCACUGUAUAUACAUUUUUAAUUAGAAAAAGCCCUUCAUAAAUAAUAGAGCCCAUACCUCAUCUCAUUUGUUCUGGAAGCAUUAGUACAAGAAACAGAAUUUCAUGAGCCAUUUCACCCCCCUGAGGUUUCUCUUCUGCCAUUACUCAGUGAAGCAUUACUCAGUGAUGUAUCCCAUAGGAUCUGAUAAAAAGCUGUCCUUCAGAGUUUUUAUUCUUCAUUGCUACUAUGAUUUUAUUAUCCAUUAUUUUUUUCUUUAUUGACAUUUUAUGUCACAUUAUAGUUUGCAGUAAUUUCGCAUAAGUAAAAACUUUUCCCCGUUACAUGUAUUCUGUAUUCUUGUUGUAGGUGGACUUUACUUUAUUCGUUGGGUAGCAUAUGUUAACAGUAAAUUGCACUGUAAAUUUUGAACCAACAUAUUAUCAAACCUUGAUAGGUUUAAGAUGGCCAUUGUAUGAAGCAUGUAGGAUAGGAUUUUUUGCCAAACUUCCAUCUUGAAGAAUGGAAAAAAAUGAACAAUAUUUAUAACACAAAACAUUUUAAAUAGUUUAUUUAUUUCAUGGUUUGACAAAAACCUAGAUAUGCAAAAACUAAGCUAUGCAAAAAUAAUUACUGGAUGGCCUUUAAGCAAUGAAUCAAUAGAGAGUAAUUUGCAAGGAAUAUUGUGAUUUAUCAGGUACAUAUAAACCUGUUUUGGUUUUACAUUGUCUUCACACAAAACUUACUCCAUUCUCUAUUGAUUCAUUUCAUGCAUUUAACAUAUUAAAAGUGCAAUAGAAAUAACCUGAGCAUUGAUAACAAUGUAAGUACUGUAUCUAGUAAGAGAUAAUGAUAAUGACCUGCAUUUUGCCACUGUAUCUCAUGCCAUUACAACAAAACUGCUUGCUAUUAGCAACAAAUUUAAUUGUUAAUCCAUUGUUAUUACAAUACUAAUAAAGGUAAAGUAUGUUUUUACCUAUAUGACUGUAAAGAAAUAGAUAAUAUUUCACUGUUCAGAUAAUGUAGUGUUUUACUCUAAAAUAAUUUGCAAAAAACAAUAUAGGACAUGGUAUAAGUUAAAAAGUUUAAUAAUCACGCAGUCAUAAUUUUCUGCAAAAGCUUACUAUUAUGCACAGUUUUUUGGUCAGUAAAAAUUCUUAAUUCAUUCACUGUCUGUCAGGUAGGUGUGUGUUAUUGACACCAGGGUCCCCUCACUUAGAUCAACAUCAUGUACUUAGCUCUCUCAGAUAAGCUGUGAGCAGUAAAUUUUGGCCCAAACGUGAGAGAAUGGGUCUGUGUGUUGAGUGCAUAGUAAAAAAAAGAAUCCGGCCCCACAUGGUGCAUGGAAGGCAAGCGUAAUAUAAGAGAGAUCUGGGGAUAGGAUUAGUGAACAGAGGAAAUGUUUUAGUGCUUAGAAUGUGUACAGUGUUUAUUUUGGACUUUUUAAUUUUAUUUUUUUUAAUUUAGUGUAAAAUUGUUGAAAUUUCCAGCUUCUGUGCAUUUUAUAAGGCAGUUUUUUUUAUAAUUGAAUAGCCAGUUUCUUAUGUUCAGUUGAUAGAAUGGAAGGAAUUCUAGCAAAAUAGCUAAGAAUUUGGUUAAAUUUAUCUGCAGAAUUGGCUUAAAAUAGGAUUCAGUUGGCAAAAUUGCUGAUGUGUAAAUUGUGCUCAUACUGUUAAAUUUGCACCUACAUAAUUCUGUAAGUUUUCCAUCACAUUUUAUAUUUUUGGUGUCAUUUCCUUCUCAGGCAUUUCAGAAGAAAAAGCAUUUUUUUUUUUUAAAUGUGGCCAAAAUUUUAAGGGUCUAAACAGUGAAAGGGGUUAACAAAUAUGUAUUGUAAUUUAGGUUCAACAACACCAAAUGUCAUAUAAGGUAGAGAAUAUGAAACAGUUUGUAAUUAUUCAACCUGUUUCAAGUAACUUGAGAAAUUUUGUACUGAGUAACCAAAAUCUGUUGGUCCAGUAGAUUCCCUGCUUUACUUUUACUGUGAUACCUAUAUGGUUUUAGAUACCUUAACAUCAAUUGCCGUACUCUAUAAAACCAUUUAUCAUAUUUUGUUAAUUUUUGUUUUACAGUGCUAGGCAUGAUAGUACAGGUAUUGCCAUUGUCACUUAAGUAAACUUUAAUACUGUGAAGAAUUUUCAUACUUUAUCAGAUCCUUUGGUAAAUGUUUAUUUUGGAUAAAAUAUAAUGUGUUGAGAUGUGGAAUUGUAUGGAAAAUUCAGAGAAGUACUACAUAUAGUUUUCUCUUUUCUACUUUAUAGCAGAUUUUUUGGAACUUUCUGAAAUUAAUAGUAUUUAGUCAUGUUGGCUAAAAAAGAUUAUUUUGUACAGCAUUUAUAAAAUGUUAAUUCAGAUAGAUAGGGUAAUGUACCUAUGUCAUAAAAAUGCAGACUAUGAUUUAAAGCCAGUUCUUUUGUGUUUAUAACAUGGUGUUAUGAAGUACCCACAAUUUCAUAAUAUUGCACAGAAGAAAUAUUAAAUAUUUUUAGCUGUACUGUUUACAAAAAAAAAAAAGUUUAUCCACAUAAAAAAUAAUGGGAUUACAGUCUCUUUCUAACUUCAUUGUACUGAUUUCCUUUGCUAUAUCAUUGAAUGGUAUAAACAUAUAGUAUAAGAAUCUUAUGUCUACCAUUUUUAACACCUUCCCUAUUGCUCUUUAAUUUUCUUUACAUUUACCUCGUGUGUUUCUGGAUGCACCCAGUUUUGUAAUUUAUAUUCUUAUAUUUAUGUGCAAAGAGCUAAAUACUUUUAAUCAUUGUUAUUUAAUAAUAAGUGAAUUUGCUGUAUAUGAUAAAGAAGUAUUGAUAAUUAUGCUAUAAAGGUUUAUCUUUCAACAUGUUUGUGGCAAUCUGCAUGCAGUACUGAUCACCAUUGCUAUUACAGUUUGUAUAAUAAAAUAUUGUACCAAAUUUUGUAGUGCAAAAAUAUGGUACAGUUUAAUAUUAAAAAAUUAAUGAUUAUCAUUAUAUGAAAAUCUUCACUACUUACUAAUUAUGAAAUAAAAAAAUUAGUCUUUAAAUUAGUUACUGUAGGUAAUUGGUCAUUUUAUUUCAAGGUAUUGAAAAAUUAUAUUCUGAAAUGUACCAUAUAUUAUCUUCAUAAAAUAUGUUAUCAUUUAUUAUGAAUCUUUGUUCUUAUUGACAUGUUUGAGUGUACUUGCCAGAAAAUUAAUUUUCUUGGCAUUCAGAAGUAUCAUAACUAGUCAUUAUUGUUUUCAGCUAUACCUGGCUAUUAAUGAAGCUAAUUUACAACCUAUACAAUACAUUCAUGGACAGUGAUAUAGUAGGAGCAUAUCAACGAAAAACACAAUAUUUUGAAUAUUUUGAAAACUCGGUGUGAUAUUGUCACCUACUGUACAUAGUACCUUGUAUCUUAUACCAUGAAUAAUUUUUUUUUUCAACGAACUGGCCACAUCCCACCAAGGCAGGGUGACCUAAAAAGAAAAAUGAAAGUUUCUCUUUUUAAAUUUAGUAAUGUAUACAGGAAAAGGGGUUACUAGUCCCUUGCUCUGGCAUUUUAGUCGCCUUUUACGACACGCAUGGCUUAGGGAGGAAAAAUUAUGUUCCACUACCCCAUGGAGUUGAAUGAUAAAUGUGUGUGUGCAAUAAUUUAUUGGGAUAAGGCAUCAUAUUAGAUAAUUACAUAAUACAUCUUGUGUAUAAAUAAUAAAAGCAGGAAAGUGAGGUAGCCAUCAGUACAGUUUCCUUCCCUGAACAUAAAGUGCAGUUUCCUAUCAUUUGGUGUCCUUGAAUACAUUGCAUCCAGACUUUUUUGUGUGUGCAUUACAUGCUUGUUUAGUUACUUGAACUUUUCCUUAAUUAAAAUAUCUCAUGUUUAAUUACCUUUUUUUAGAUAUCUUGUUUCUUUACAUAUCCAGGUAAAGUUGUAUAGCAAUAGCAAGAAAUAAGUUGAGAAAUUCUCAGAGCUCAUUGUUAAGGCCUUAUUUAUUGAUAUAUCUAGUAUAUUGUAUAGGUUUAGAUGCAGAAAUAAUUUGGAUAAAAUGCAUUUGAAAAGACGUUUGAGUUUUCUCAUGCAAUUCAUUGAUUGCUGUAUAUUCAGUGCAAUUAGUGUGAAUCCCAAGAAUUCUUGUACUGUACUACUAAUCUCUUCAGAAUUUAAAACUAAUUACCUACUGGUAUAUGUAUAUGCUGGUCACUUAAAAUAUUGUUACUGUAUUCUCACUGUAGUUAAUGCUUCUUCUGAGACAUUAGUUACAGUUCUGAUAAUGUCCUCAUCAGAAUUAUAAUAAAUACAAAUCAUUUUUUAUUUAUGACGAUACAAGUGGAAGUAAGGGCUUGUUUACCACCAAUUUUAUUUUUAUUUUUGUGUAUUGUGGCAACUUAAUAAACAGUUUGCUUAAUA